AUGCAAGGGAGCCGCAGCGCGACCGUCUUCGACGACCUACCGGAGUGGGUGGUCGUCCACGAGAUCCUCGUCCGGCUGCCUGUCAAAGACGUACUCCGCUGCCACGCGGUCCGCAGGUCGUGGCGGUGCGGCACUUCCACCGACGCCUUCAUCCUCGACCACCACCGCCACCAGCCCUCGCUCCCCAUCAUCAAUCACGGGAAGGGCAUCUCCCGCGUCGUCAGAACCUCCGGUGAUGAUCUGAAGAUACGGCCCGUCCUUCGGCACGAAUACGACGUCAUUGUACACCGCGCCACCUGUGGUGGCCUCCUCAUUCUGUCGCAACAAGAACAAUCCAAUUUCUACGUCUGCAACCCGGCCACCCGCAAGUGUGUGUCCCUGCCACAUCCUCCACGACGACCACACUUCCUGGUCAGCGUAGCCGGGUUCUACCGGCAUCACACAUCUGGAGAACACCGAGUGCUUUGGGUGUCAUACCCCUGGUCGUACACGCUGCUCGAUGGGAGCGACGUAGCAAUUGAGUCGCUUGAGUACUUCGUCCUCAUGGUCGGAUCGGAUCAGCCAAGAAGCAUCCAGUGGCCGACAGUUCCAGAACAAAGGUUUAUUCCUGAUAAUUGGUUCUACCAUUGCCGAGCAGUGCACCAUCGUGGUAGCCUGCAUUGGGCAAUGGGUCUCAACAUAACGGUAUUUGACACAAUAGCCGAGACAUUCCGGCAGAUGAGCCGCCCAACACAAUUGGGCGAUAUGGUGUCAUUGAUGGAUAUGGGUGGUGCCCUAGCAUUGUGCCGCACGUCCUCUGAGUGUGUCACUACUUUAGAUGUUUGGGUGUUGCAGGACUACGAUGCUGAAACUUGGGGCUUUUUGUACCAGAUUAACUUGUCAGUGAUGGAGGCAUCACUACCACUUGAUUUGCAAAUCAAAUAUGUUCGUAGCAUGGCUGUGAUGAACGAGCGUGAGUUGUCGGUUCAGAAUCGUCGUAGCCGUAUAUUACACUGUGAUAUUGAUGGCGUGUUUUUAGGAAAUGUGGAAAGUGAAGAGCAUGAAAACCACUGGACACUUAGUUGGCAUCGCCUCCAAGAGAGCAUGAUUUCACUUCCAUUGUUUGAGACGCAAAAACAAGAAGCUGUGAACAAGGAGCCUCUGUUCUCUAUUGUGCUAUGA